UUGUCGUGUGAUCAUUGUCGUUCGGUGCGGUCGUGUUAUGAUUUCUCCGCCGAGAUCAAAACAAUGUUAUUGACGUAAACCUUGACUGGUUACGCGGUUUUUCAACUGUUGUUAUCAGUCAUCCAUUUACCCCCGCCAAUUUCAAGUUAUCAUCGCGCGAUCCCGCUAGUCCGCUACGUCAUUGCACACUUCUUGAACUCGAACACGAUUAACUGCGGCAAUAGUUGUAAACACAAACGGUACCUAGUCGGACGUAUCGCUAUUUACGUCUAAGCAAUUGUAGAAAAAAAUACAGUUAACGCGACGCAUUUUAAAUAAAUACCCAGUGUCUAAGGAAAUGACGAGUAUUAAAUUAAGUUUUCUCAUACUGUUUACUUGCGGAAUCCUUGCACGGAAUUCUCUAGGUCUAUCGCCUGUAAUCCUCAUCCCCGGGGAUGGAGGAAGUCAACUCGAGGCAAAAUUGAAUAAAACAAAUGUGGUGCACUACAUUUGUGCGAAGACAUCACCGGAUUACUUUAACAUAUGGCUUAACUUGGAGCUGUUAGUACCGUUUGUCAUUGACUGCUGGGUAGACAACUUGAAGUUAGAGUAUGACAAUGUUACGAGAACAACUAAAGGUCCAAGCGGUGUUGACAUCCGAAUACCGGGAUGGGGGAACCCAGAGCCUGUGGAAUGGCUGGACCCAUCACAUCAGAGUACCGGAGCAUACUUCAACACUAUCGCAGAUUCACUGGUCAAGCUAGGAUAUCAAAGAAAUGUGUCUAUUCUGGGAGCUCCGUAUGACUUCAGAAAAGCUCCAAAUGAGAACGGCAAAUUCUUCGCGGAUCUCAAGACGAUGGUGGAAAAUACAUACAAUGCGAACAACAAGUCUUCAGUUACACUCCUCGUGCACAGCAUGGGGGGACUCAUGGCCAUGCACUUCCUACGCUUGCAGCCUCAGGCAUGGAAGGACCAGUACAUCCGACGCCUCAUCUCCUUGUCCACACCAUGGGGCGGGUCCAUGAAAGCAGUCAAAGUAUUUGCUAUAGGUGACGAUCUAGGCAGUUUGAUGCUCCGGGAGAGCAUAAUGCGCGCGCAGCAGAUAACGUGCCCCUCUCUAGCGUGGCUGCUACCCUCGCCGCUGUUCUGGAAGCCCACGGAGGUGCUGGUCCAGACCGACAAGUACAACUACACCAUCAAUGACUUCCAAAGGCUUUUUACUGAUAUGGAGCUCCCAGACGCGUGGGAAAUGCGCAAAGACACGGAGAAGUACACGAAAGAUUUCGGCGCCCCCGGCGUCGAGGUGCACUGCAUUUAUGGAUACAACAUCAGUACCGUUGAAAGACUGGUAUACAAGCCAGGCACAUGGCUGGACGGCUACCCGACCCUAGCAAUGGGCGACGGGGACGGCACCGUGAACCUUCGCUCACUGAACGCAUGCGAACACUGGCGUAAGAAGAGAUUCCGUAACGGCAAUUCUGUGAAAUCCCUCGCGCUACCAGGCGCUGAACAUCUCAAGAUAUUACACGAUAAACGAGUUUUGGACUAUAUACAGCUAGUUAUGAAGAACUGAAUUGUUUAAUGUAAGUGUGGAUUUAGGUUGUAACUUCUAGCAGUUGCGGAUUGUAGCCAAGGAAAAAUUUUCUAGCCAGGUUAGCAGGUCAACCUACCAUGUCUUUCUUUAAAGGAUUUUUAACUUUAUUCGUUCUUGCAACAGAGUUGAAAAUCUGUUAGGGAUGUUAGGGUCGAUUUUUAUUUCGUUCUCUUCAUGCCUAAUUGCCGUAAUAAAGAGCCGUUCUUAAGCCAAAAAAUCUAAAUCGAUCUCUAUUUUUGACAAAAAAUCAAUAGAUAUAAUGUAAAAAAAUCUAUCGCAAUUUAAAAUUUUAAGGUUAUUUUUUUUACUCCCUGGAAGAAAUUUUUUAGUAAAACAGGUGCUGCUUACCUAGGUUGCCACAUAUCCGCUAUGUAAAUCUGCUGUGGAGGUUUAUUGUGUAAUCGAAGAUAUUCUUCGUCAAAGUAUGGGUGCUUAAUUUAUGGAGAAUUUGGUUUGAAAUAUUUACUUUGGCUGUAAAAAGGCCGAGGAAAUAAUUGGCAUUUAAUAAAGAAAGUAGACACAAAAUAGAAAUUAAAUAAUUAUAAUAAAUAAAAAGGAUUUUCCUCGUCUCGAAUGAGAUGAGAAUCCAAAAUUCCAAAGUCGUCAGAAUUAUGACUAUGAUGAAACUAAAUUCUCCAUGAAACAUGUUGAAAUGUUGUGCGUAUUUUAGUUUAAGUAAUUUAAGGAGAAAUACUCUCAAAAUGGAAAUAACAGCUAUAUUUUGAAAAUACAUAGUCUAAAUAAAUAAUGUUCUAAUACAAAUACUUAAUCUCUUGCCAGUUACCUGUGUCGCUUUAAUCAGAACUAUAUAUUUAUUUACUUAAAAAAUAAUUAAAAGAAUAGUACUCACAGAAUUAUAUUUAUUGAACCAUUCUAGAUCUAAGCUCUCUUAGUAACUAAUCUUAAGUAGAAAAUUGAACUUUACUGAUGUAGUCGUAAGGUUGAAAAAGGAAUAUACCUUUUGUUCUCAUGCCUCAGUAUGUUAAGCCAAGCUGUUACGGCUGUGAUAUCUGUUUAACAUUAAAUUGUAUUUAUUUCGAUACCAUGACAAGAA